AUGGACGCUAUGCUCCUCAAAGAGCACCACCACCAGUCGCAGCAACACCUCCACCAGCACAACUUGCAACAGGAGCAGCAGCAACAGGAGCAGCAGCAGCAGCAGCAGCAGCAACAAAACGCUGGUUCAACUGCCCCUGUCUCGUCACCAAGUGCCGGUGCUGGUGCCAGCCGCAACUCUCCCCAUCGCCCCUCUAUAACGUCGUCGGACGGCCUGUCGGGCUCGUCGUCGGAUCUCGCCUCGUUCACGUCGACGCCCGACACGUCGCCCAACUCUCUCAUGGUCCGGCUGCUCGCCUCGAACCACAGCCAUAGCCACAGCCAUACCCAUACCCAUAGCCACAACCAGAACCACAACUACAGCCACGUUCAUAUAGCUUCCGAGGCUAGCUCCAAGCCGUUGCCGUUGCCGUCGCCAUACGAGCUGUCUCCCUCGACCUCCCACUCUUCGUCGUCGUCUCCGUCUUCACCUUCGUCCUCGCAGCCGCCGGGCCGGGCUACCGGUCUCGUCUCGUCCGACGACACCAACACUAACGCCAACGCCAACGCCAACGCUAACGCCAACGCUAACGCCAACGACGACCGCGCCAUGGGCACCUCCUCCUCCUUCGACCCCUACGGCCAGCUCCAACACCCCGCCCGCCCGUCCGCGCCCGCAGCGGACGGCCAGUCGCGCGGCCCCGGCCCCGGCCCCGGCCCGACCUCGCAGAACUGGCGCAUCGUCGCGGGGGGUGGAGGGAGCGGAAGUACCAACAAUAACAACCACAGUCACAGUCACAGCCAAAGCCACGGCCACGGCCACAGCCACGGCAACCACAUCGUCAACCCAUUGCACGGCGGUAGUGAUAAUGGUAAUGGUAAUGGCAACAUCGCCAAUAACACCAGCCGCGUCUUGCGUCCGUUUGCGCUUCCCGUGAGACAGCCGUCGGUCCCGACUUCGGCCGGUCUUGGAGCGGCUGCAGCAUCGCCGUCGUUGUUUUCGCCCUUCUUCCCGCCAAGCAUGAGCAUGAGCAUGCCAAUGGGCGUGAGCGUGGGCGUGGGUGCUGGUGUAAGCCAUACGCAGCAGCUGCUGCAGCAGAUGGCACCCCACCACCAAUAUCAACCACAGCAGCAGCAGCAGCAGCAGCAGUUGUCUGCCUCGCUGGGGUUCGACGAGAGUGCAGCAGCGCAGAACUGGAUGCAGGCGCGCGGGGCCGAGCAACAGCAGCAGACGGCACAGGUCCAACAGCAGCAGCAGCAGCAGCGAGGUGAUGCCAGCGCAAACGCAGGCACAAGUGGUGGCAGCCACUUCUUCGCCUACGCGUACCGCCGCCCCGACGGGCAGUACACGCGCCUGAUCCCCGCCGACAUGCUGCCGGCGCUGCACGACAUCGCGCCGUCGCAGCCCAACUGCAACGGGCUCCUCGUCGUGCCCGUGCCCCUGGGCCUGGCCCCCAACGGCCGCUCGAGCAACACGGAGCACGUGGCGUGGAAGAUUCCAGAUCCGAUCCAGUCACACAUCGACUCCAUCGUGGCGUGCUCGCCGCCGCCGACGCCGUCCUCGUCGGCCACAACCACAACAACAGCGACGACUCCUACGCCACACAACCACACCCACAACACCCACAGCCAUAUCAACCACCACACCCACACCCUCACCCACACCCAACCCCAGCCCCAGCCCCAACAUGCCCAGAAAAAAAUCAAAGUGUACUGCGACAAGUGGGUGCACGAGGGCGUGUGCGCCUUCACGCAGCAGGGCUGCAAGUACAAGCACGAGAUGCCCUUCGACAAGGACACGCAGCAGCGCCUGGGCCUGUUCCACGGGCUGCCGGCGUGGUGGAAGAAGCACCAGGCCGAGCUGAACCGCGCGCACCGCGGCGAUCUGCUGGGCGAGGGCACCGAUUUGCCGGUUGUUAUUCCUGCGGCUGCUAAUAAUAAUGGGGGGAAUGGGGGUGGGAGUGGUAAUAAUGGGACUUCAUUUGGUGGAGGGGUCCAGCAACAUCGUGCGCGAGCUGCGACUACGCCGCAGUCGUCGACGAUGAUGGGUGGUAGAGGUGUUGUUUCUGGUGUUUCUAGUGUUUCUAGUUCUGUUGCUUCGACGCUCAGGGGAGGGAAUAGCAGCAGCAACAAUAACACCAACAACAGCGGCAGCGGAAAUGGCAAGGCCACGGCGGCGGCGGCGGCGGCGGCAGAUAAUGACCGCGCGAGCCAGCUGCUGAAGCAGCAACAACACACUACUUCUACUACUCCAGGAGUCAGUGGUGGUGGUAAUGGUAACGGCGGUGCUCCCGGGUGGGCGCGCCCGUUCCACACCGCGGCGAGCAACAAAACGGGCAACAACACGGGCAGCGGCGGUGGAACUGAAGCGGCAACAAAGGGCACGAGCCGGUUUGCCGCAGCAGCGCUCUUCCCCUCGCCGUUCGGGCCCAUCGCGCCGCCGCUGGUUUCUGUAGCUGCGUCUGCGUCUACAUCUGCUGCGAAUAAUAACAACGCUACAAGCUCGCCGUUGGAUUCCCAGCAGCAGCAGCGCCGCUCGACCACCAUGCCCAUGCCCAUGUCGCAGCACCAGCAGCAGUACCAGCUAAACUAA